AAGGGACUGAGAAUGUGGGGGUGUGAAUGGUUGAUGAAACUGCUGUAACAGAAAACUCUUGACAUUUUGUUGUCGUUCCUUCAGUCAGACGCGUAAACUUCAGCUGCUCGCUGACGUCAGUCCUGCAGGUUCUCGGUCAGUCUGUUGCUGGAUCCUGGUUCCGGUCUGUCCUGUUACCGCUGGACGCGGUUCUGUUUUCUGCAGGUCUAUCCUGAGCUGAGCACGGGCUAGGCCUAGUCUGACCAACAGGGACGAGCCUCGGUGUCUCCUGCAGAGAGUGUCCGCGAAGCGACGACUGAUCCCCGGAAAAGAGGCGCUGCGAUGGACCGACCAAGCAGAAAUGCUUCAGUGGAGCACUACAAGGCUGCCAUGCUGCUGAGCGGUGCCGGUGAUGCUCUGGGCUACAAGAAUCAGCUGUGGGAGUACAACGAGUCUGGACCAGCAAUUCACCAGGAGCUGCAGGAACUCGGUGGUCUGAAGAGCAUCAAGGUCGAGCUUCCUGAUUGGCCGGUGAGCGACGAUACAGUUCUGCAUCUUGCGACGGCUGAAGGACUGGCAACAGGGAAGACAGGCGAGGAGCUCCUGCAUGAGGUGGCUGCGCGCUACGUGGAGGGAAUGAAAGACAUGGACGGGAGGAAACCAGGGCCUUCCAGCAUUCUGGGUGUUUCCCAGCUAAAGCCUGGAGAAGAAGGGGGCUUCAGAGUACCGUACAACCCUGAGGGGACCGGCUGUGGAGCAGCGAUGAGGUCCAUGUGCAUCGGCCUGAAGUACCCGAGACCGGACCAGCUGCUCUCAUUAGUGGCCGUUGCUGUGGAGACGGGCAGGAUGACCCAUCCUCACCCCACCGGCUUUCUGGGAGCUGUAGCAUCGGCUCUUUUCACCGCCUACGCCGUCCAGCGCAGGCCAAUCACCACCUGGGGUCUGGGGCUGAUCAACGAGGCCUGUCCCAUAGCCAAAGUGUUUGUGCAGGGCCGGGAGUUUGCCGUGGAGGAGACGGAGAGGGACUGGGGAUACUUUUGUGACAAGUGGCAGUGGUACCUGGACACGAGGGGUAUCUCUAACGGAGUGGGACCUGUCAUCUGGCCCCCCGCGUACGGUCCGGCAGAGAGGGACGAGGCCUACAAGAGCUUCAGUUUGUCCGGCUGGGCCGGACGGAGUGGCCACGACGCCCCGAUGAUAGCGCUGGACGCCCUGUUGGGAGCAGGUCCAGACUGGGAGGAGCUGAUGAGCAGAGCCGCCUUUCAUGGAGGUGACAGUGACAGCACCGCAGUGAUUGCUGCCUGCUGCUGGGGUCUCCUCUAUGGCACCAAAGGGGUUCCUGAAGGCAACUACUGCAACCUGGAGUACCGGGACCGACUGGAGCGUUGUGGCGAGCAGCUGUACGCCCUGUCACAAUGACCUGCUCCCAGAGUCAGGUUUGUCCGGCUGAGGAGAAUCUAGGCCGGGCUGACGCAUUCUGUAGCGCGUCCAUCUGGAGGGCUGUCACUGAGCCGCAAAGUGUGCUGGAAGAGAGAACUGCUGACCCACUAACCCAUUGUCACUUCUGCCAUAACAAGGACACUGCGCCACACGAUGAAGGCCAAGAGGACGGCGUGCACAGGGGUCCCCCUAGUGCCCGUUCUGGAGUGAGCAAGCGUUGAUGUUCCACAGAACAAAUUCAAACUAAUGGCAAUAAGAAGCUCAUGUAAACACGGCCCUCAGAGGUAAUGACUUCACUUUGUCGACGGGAAAUAAACGCAAAUUCUUGUGAGCUUUAAAUGAAAUCCUCUCCUGCAGUAACUGAAAUGUAAAAAAACAAACAAAAAAAACAUCUCAACAGCUCAGAAGAUGCAUCGAAAACCCACAGAAUGAGCACUGACUGCAUCCGACGCAACAUGGAAAUAAAUGUAAAAACCAA